GGCGUAAAUAGUAGUAAAUACGCACUUUUUUUCUUAUUGUAAACAAAAGAACUUUAGUUAGAGUUGAAAGGUCAUUGAAAGAGUUUACCGAUUCCGACCAUCUUACUACACGCAUCGCAUAGUAGUCUACCCACAAGUACAAUUCAUUGACUUUUCUUUCUAUUAAUUUGUGUAGGGACCUAAGUUUUAUUAAAACAUAAAAAUGGCUAAUCGAAAGCUUGGAGACAUCAGACUAAAUGAAACCGUGCUUUUCGUUUGCGACAUCCAAGAAAAGUUUAGAAACGCGGUUAAAUACUUCUUCGAAAUUGCUCAGGUUUCGAAUAGAUUGGUAAGUCGUUUUUAAAAAUAUUUUUUUAUUUAAAUGGUUGAGGACGGUACAUUAAAUUAUUGCCGUGUAUUAACUCUUUCCAUGCCAUGGGUUUUUUCAUGUUCGUUCCAGAUCAGUAUUCGGCCAAUGGAAAUUUUUUAGGGUGCUCCUCCUAUCUAGUAUUAAUUAAUUGGCUAAUGUUAAAGACGGCUGCCACGGCGUCUUUUAUAGUUGCAGUGAAUUAGGGUUUAAGUUUAGGUUAAGUUGAGGGAUAUAUUUAGGGUUCAGGUUAGGCAUAGGAUAGGGAUUGAUUUAGGGUUCAUGUUAGGCAUGCGGCAUAGGGAUCGAUUUUGGGAUACAUUCGUGAAAUUCGAUAAAAUAGUGGCAGUCGUCCUUAACAUUUACCAAUAAAUUUUAAAUAAAAGAUUUUAAAUCUUUUAGCAAGAUUGCUGUAUUUCAUAUCAAAUUCAAAUUAAAGGAAAUUAGACAGAGAAUAAUAAUAUGUAAAAUAUAAAACAAUAUAACAACAAUAGUUUAAAUUUUUUUUGUAAUAUUGUGAAAUGUGAGAUCAAAUUUUUUAUAUUUUUAAAAUUGGGCACCAAAUCUGAACUUACCAGACUACCAUACGUCAUACGAUCUGUGUUGCGGAUAUCCUAUUCUGCUUGAAUCCUCAGAAAGUAUAUCCAUUUUUUAUCAUGCAUUUUACAUUUUGAAAAUAUUCCAUUUUGUUACAGAGCUAUACCCAUUUUUGUAAUGUUAUGAGUAUUCUUAUCUGCAGGAAACGAAAUAAACUACAUAUAUUAUUUCAACAGUAUACUGUUGGUAGGCACAAAUGCGAUCAGUCAAAUCGACAGUAUACUGUGGCUUGGCACGGAAAGAGUUAAUAGUAUUGGUAAGUGCAGACAAUUGGUGCCAUGACGUAUCACAGAGCCGCCUUUUUGGUUGCCACGACCCGUGAACAUUUAUAAUUAAUAUCCCUAACCUGAACCCUAAAUGUGUCCCUAACCUGAACCCUAAAGGUAAUCUACCACUUGAGCUUUGGCCAAGAAAAAAAUCCAGUUGUUCCGCUUUAAAGGGCUAUUUAAACAAUUAUUCUUAUAUUAUUUUUAAUGACAUUGGCUGUAACUGUAGGUAUUCAUUCCAAUAAUAGUACUAAUAAAAAUAACACAAGACAAUUUUUAAAAAUAGAAAAACUCUAACAUUUUUUUAUAUUGAAGAAUUUAAACAAUUUAAUGUGUGAAAAUGGAAUUAUGCAUAGUUCUCCCCCAAGGUGACGAUCAAGUUUUUAAAAAUAUCAUUUCCACAAAAACGGUUGCGGAACAUGAAUUCACGUCAAUGUGGAGGGGAAAGAUCACAGCUUUUUUCUUGGCCGACGCUCAAGUGGUAGAUUACCACCCUAAAUGUAUCCCUAGUGUCACCAAUUCUCUGCAUUAGUAUUAGCUAUAGUAUUAUCUCAAAUUUUUUAGAUUGUUACUUUGUAGGUUACACAGUCUGAAUAAUUCUUUAAUAAGCUCAGCUAAUUUUUAACUUAUACUUAUGGACAGAAAAAAAUCGUGAUAAUAAGACUCUAUAAUCUGAAGUCUAAGUCUAAAGUAGGCCUACUCCUCUGAAGAGUGCCUAAAAUCCAUCAAGCAAUAUUCAUUUGAAACUUGAACUCAUAGACAGACUUGCUAUUUUUGGAGUGUUGGAGCGCACUAGAUUACCUGCUAAGCCCAAAGAAUAAGAAAGUGUAAAACAAGGAAGGUAAUGCAGAAUUGCCUUCUAUACCACUUUAGGAACCCAAAACUCUUGUAUCCUACAUGUGUGCAAGCUUUUCCAGCACAAAUAGGAAUAGCAUGCCACCUACAUAAGAACAAACAGCAAUUAUCUCGAAACAAAGUAAACAAAUCAGUUCUCACUCUAAAAACUUAUCAGUUCAGUUUAAAAAAACACACUUGACAUUAGUCAUUCACUACCAUUGUUUCCCCCUGUUUUCUAUGCCUGAUGAUGUACUUUUAGUGUAGUCAGUAAUGUCAGUCUAAUUAAAAGCUCUUCACUUUUCAGACAGAAGCUGCUAGAAUCUUAGAAAUACCCAUUGUUGUCACAGAGCAGGUAAGAAAAAGGCUGUCAUUAAAGAAAAAAUGUUUAUUCUAUUAAAACUUAGACAUAAGUCAAGGCAAAUGGCCUGUUACGGUAUUCUUUUUUUAUUACAAUCGACAAUGCUUCAAAGGUACAAAUUAUUGUGAUUUCAUGCAUUGCAUGUCAAUGAAUUUAUAAUUUCGAAAGCAUCUUGUUUCAAGCUAGAAAUUGCAAUAGUGAAGUUAUGUGAUUGUCAAAUUAAAGGAUAUUUUUGAAAAGAACCAAACAAUCAAAAUCCACAUCACAUUUCUUAUUUAUUACUUGUAAGACAUUAUUUUUAAAGGAAAGUAUCAAUUUUGUCCUGCUUUUGACUUUUCUAAACAUUUAAUUCUAAGUUGUAAACCAGGAAGAAAUAUUGAUAGUGACACUUUUCAAACUUGUGGUAUGCUUUCUAAUGUCAAUAUUUUCUUCUUCUUCAAUAACUCAUUAUAUGGGGAAAAUAUUUUAUUUUCAUUCGUGGCAAAAUAAAAGCAAACAAUUUCAUUUUAACAGUAUCCAGAUGGCCUUGGACAUACGGUUCCAGAAGUUAACAUAACGAAUGCAGUCAAUAUUUUUCCUAAAACCAAGUUCAGCAUGAUCAUACCAGAAGUUGAGGAAGUGCUCAAGACUCUACGUGGAGGUCAUGUACGACAUGUUAUUUUAUGUGGAAUUGAGGUAAUAAAGCAGGACACUUUAUUUUUAUUCUCUUAUGCAAUUGUGGAAAAUUCCUAAUAAUAUAGUUGUAAUGUGACCCAUAAUGCUGGGUACCAGUAUCAGAUUCAAAUUUAUGAUAUUGAUAUUCAAAUGAAAAAGUCGUGAACAUAUUUUAGAAGCAUGUGUCAAGUUUUUAGAUGCAUCUUGGUAAUGAGACGAGUGUUUAUCUGACAUUGACAAUCUAUCAUUUAAAAAAAAAUGUUUUUAUUUGAAUAUGAUUUAAUUAACUGUUUGAUUAAGACUGGGUUUAAAGCUGAUUACAUACAAACUCACAAAAGCAAGAUGUACUCAAGCACCGAACAUUAGGCUCUGAUUAAGUUCUGAAAUAUCAUAACUAAUACAGUUUUUAUAGUUAUAAUGUUGAUAAAUUCUACUCUUACACCCUGAAUAGAGUUAGUUUAUUUCCAAUCACACUGAAUUAAAGACAUAAUAGUUUCUUUAUUUUGCUAUCGUGACAAUACUGAACACAUUGAACUGGGUGUUGCCUAUUUGUUAGCGGAUAAAACUACUUAUGGGGACCACGAACAUAUGAGAGAAAACAUCAGUCUCAGCCUUUGAAUGUGUUCUUUCUUUUGUCAGACCCAUGUUUGCAUCCAACAAACUGUGAUAGACCUUUUAAAUCGAAACAUUGAAGUGUAUGUUGUAGCUGAUGCUGUAUCAUCAAGGAGCCAAAUGGACAGAAUAUUUGCUCUAGAGGUAAUGUCUAUAAAUCAUGUAUCAUCAUUUAUUGUAUUGAAUAAACCAAAUAUGUUAUUCACUAGCAUUGGUGAGUUUAAUGCUAAUACCAAUUAUUUACUAAGUUAAUUGCAAAAGCAUCAGAAACAGGACAAGGCAUUUCUUGCUAAAGUUAUAUGAUGUUAUAUCUAUAACCCAUUGUUAAAUAUGAUUCAGCUUAGACUGGAGAUUAGCAGAUUUGUGUUCUAUUAUUAGCUAUAAGUGGUAUUUUCUAAUAAUUUAUAUAAAAUAACGUGUUGUAUAUUCAGGGGAAAUUUAAAAAUAAAGUCUAACCACUAAUAUUCUAAUUGUAUACUGAAUGUAUUUGUUUUAAAGCUUAUCUUAAUGCAUUGUAAUGAAUAAGGCACAUAAUAAUGGUCAUUAAUUUAUAAACAACAUACUUUAUUUAUAAAUAGAGCUCAAAUUUAAUUUGGUGGAGGCCAAACCAGAUAGAUGGAUAAUUUUUGCAAUUAAUGAAUGAACUAUUAUUUGAUCUUUUGCUAGCGUUUUCGGCAGAUCGGUGCAACUGUCACUACCAGCGAAGCCGUCCUUCUACAACUGGUAGGGGAUAAAAAUCAUCCAAAGUUCAAAGAGAUUCAAAGUUUAAUUAUGGUUUCAGCACCUGAAUCUGGUUUAGUGAAUAAAUUAUGAAACUAACUAACCUGUCAUUGUUUAAGAAAAAAAUGACCCUGCAUUGUUAUAACAUUUUAUUCUUUUGGGAAAAUAAACAUGUUCCAAGUCUUUACAUUUGCACAUGAGCUGAAUUUUGCUGCUGCUUCUAUUACUUUAUUUUUUACUACUGUAUAUGCUUAUUCUAAAGCCAAAUUUUUUUAUCUUUUUUGGUGGAAAUAAUUCAGGGGAAUAAGUGGAGUGGUCAGCCUGUGAUGCUUAGAGAGUAUCAAAAAGGUGCAGAGUUCAUAGUUUUUGGUUGUUUAUUAUUAGUUUUGAAGUCUUUUACUUACACAGUUAUUUUUAAAAAGCCUGGGGG